AUGACGACGCCACGAACGCGCCUGGGCAUUGAGCGGGGCGCCGAGCACGUUUGCGCGAAGAUGUACUCGGUGAGCUCGCUCGUUGUGGGGUGUGCAUCGCGACCGUCACCGCGCGCGGGCGGCGGUCCGCGAUCUCGCGUCGCUGUCCGCGCGUGGGUGCGCGCCCCGGUGCCCCGCGGCGACGCUUUCAAAACGCGAGGAGGCGGCAGAGAUUACCUUUUCGGCCGAGGUGGCCCGCGAGGCGCCGCGCGGAGGCUGCGCAUGGCGGACCCCGGCGCCGAGAGCGCCGCGGGCGGCGGCGAAUCGAGCGGCAAGCAGGGCAAGAAGAACAAGCAGGGCAAGAAGAAGAACAAGCAGGGCAAGAAGGGGGAGAACGAGGACCCAGCGGCGGUCACCGACGAGGAGACGGAGGAGGGCGAGGGCGAGGGCGCGGACGAUGAGGUCGCCGAGGCUGCCGAUGCGGACGCUAGGUUCAAGUUGAGCCGCGGUACCAUCGUCGUCUCAGUCAUCCUCGUCUUCCUCUCCGUGGUCAUCGCCGCGCUCGUCCACCUCCCCUUCCGCGCCGCGGCGCUCAAGUCGGUGAAGGUGACCUACAACGUCCUCAAGAUUUUAACGCAGGGCGGGCUGAACCAGGCGCGAACCAACGCCGAUACCGUCGACGGGAUCCUCUCCAUAUUAACCCUGAUCGUCUUGCGGUUCGCGCUGCAACCGGUGGCCAAGCGACUGUACUUUUGGUGGACCAACACGCGCUCGGAGAAGCAGUACGAGGCCUCGCCGCUGUACUGGCUGCUGCUCAACGUGUACGGGCCGGUUGAGUUGGCGCUGGUCACCGUCGCGGGGAUGCGACUGCUGGAGGCGGGCAUCGAGCGCAUCGGCAUCAUCCCCACCGCGCUGUUGAACACCGUGGUGGAGAAGCUCGUGGUCGUCGCGCUGGUGGCGACGCUGUCGCGGGUGGCGCUGAGCUGGCAGGACAGGUUCUUCGAGCAGCAGGCUUUCGAGUUGGAGCUCGAGGGCAAGACGCUGCAGGCGGAUCGGCUGGCCGGGGUGAGCAAGCUCUCGUCGAUCGCGACGUACCUGGUGACGAUCGUGCUGGGUUUGAAGGCGCUCGGGGUGAACGUCGGCGCGCUGGUGACCUUCGGCGGUAUCUCGGGUCUCGCCAUCGGUCUCGCCGGUCGGCAGAUCCUGGAGAACGCGUUCAUGGGUCUGAUGCUCUACGCCACGGCGCCGUUCAUGCCGGGCGACGAGAUCGUCUUCUCGACGAGGGAGGAGAAGAACAUCCAGGGGCACGUCAUCGACAUCGGCCUGUUUCGUACGUCCAUCAGGUCGUUCCAGCGCGAGCUGUACUACGUCCCGAACUCGCUCUUCUCGUCCUUGGUGGUGCUGAACAUAACCAGGAAAGGGAAGCAGUGGAGGAUCAAGCAGGACAUCUUGAUUCGGCAUUCGGACUCGGCGCGCGUCGCCGCGGCGUUGAGCGCCUACCGCUCGCUGUUGAAGAGCGACGGACGCGUGGUUCAGCGCCUGCACAGGCGCGUGUUCCUGUCCGAGGUGACGCCCGAGGGUUUGAUGUGCCGCAUCUCGUUCUACGUGGAGGCCAAGAACAAGGAUCAGUUCUCGGGCAUCAACCAGGAUUUCCUGAGCGCGUUCCUCGAGACGCUGCGCAAGAACGACGUGCGGCUGGCGGUCCCGAUGCGCGGCGUGAUGCAGAUGCAGGACAGCGAUGAGAUCUUAGCCGAGCUCGAGCGGUACCGCGAGAAGGAACGAAAGGAGAAGGACGAGAGGGAGAUGAUCGAGCUCAACGACGAGGGUCUACCCGACGAGGAAGAGAACCUGCGGAGAAAGGAGAAGAAGGAGAAGCAGAAGAGCAAGUUGACGGAGGCGCUCGAGGAGAUCUCGGCGUCGGCGUCGGACUCGUCGAAGAAAUCGAAGAAGAAGGAGGAGGAGAAGAAGGAGGACGCCUCGGCGCCGAGGUGA